GGCCUGCGCGACGUGACAUAAUUCGCCAUUACACGGAGUCACACUUAGCUGGCGCACUGGCCUUGGCAGGGAAAGAGAAUACAAGUGCGAGUAAAUUGGUCAUUGUCCUGCUCGACUUACACUUACACUCGUGUAGUAACUAUUAUAUAGUCGGGGGGCGUCGCUGUAUAUAUUAAAAAAAAUACGGGCGAAUCUCGGCUCGGCCCCAACAAAGUCUCCUCGAUAUCAAUAGGAAUAAGUAUGUCACAUACACACCUGCGCCGUCGCUUCUGCUGCUCUCGCAGUAUACAAAGCGAGCACUUGCAUGUGGAUUUUGUAUUAUGUAUUACGCAUGUGUAGGCAGCUCUCGGCAAGAAUUGCGAAAGGAGCGCGCGAGGCGUUUUUAGCAUCGCGCAUCUCGAGAAGAUAAAGAGCUCUGUGCCGGCCAAGUGUAAGUGCGAAGAAAAAAAGGUGAAAUUACCGCUCGCGCCUCUCGGAUGAAUCAUACGCGACUGACGAGCCGGCCACCGAAUGCACAGGCCACAGAGACGUACGCGAGAAUGGGAAAGAUUAGUUUCCGCGCGCCAUCGGCAUUUCUAUAGCACACAUCCUGGCUCGUACUCGCUAUAGGCGGGCCAGUUCCUCGGCCAGCUUCCUCGUUUUCUCUUUCGUCGAUCUUUGCUCUCGCGCGCGCCUGCGAUCCGCUCGCUAGUCAAACAAACCAAACAAACCUAUACCCGUGGUCGCGCUCGGCGAUGGGCGUGCGCUCCCAGAGCUUAUACCUGCGAAAUUCGCCUACUCGCUCGAGUGCGCCGCUGGCUUUAAAAGAGCCGCGCUCCGCCGGCCAAGCACUCAGUCCUCGCUGUGCAGUCGCGCGCGCGCUUCCGAAACCUUCUUCCCGAUCAGGAGCUCGCUGCCGCUUCGAACGAACGAAAAAAUGAAGCUGCUGCUGCUGGCGCUGCUCUGCUGCGGCCUGCUGUGCCUCUGCCAGGCGGCCAACGACGUUUGCGGCGGCAUCCACCGCGGCUACCAGUACACCAUUUCGGCGCCCGCCUACCCUGGCGCCCUCGACUGCGAGUACGAGUUGCAGUCGGCCGAGGCCGCGAUCAACGGUGACCGGUGCGAGCCCCAGUUCCAUCUGCAGUUCCUCGACUUUGAGCUGGCCACCUCGGAGAACUGCCGACGCGAUUAUCUGCAAGUCGGCGACAAAAACAUUUAUUGCGGCAGGACAACCGGUCUGCGCAAGUUCACCGCUAAGAAUGGCGCCUUGAAGCUCAAUUAUCACUCCGAGCGAGCCUCCAACGGCUUCAAGAUCCUCGUCACCUCGAUGCCCUGCAAGCUCGCUCCGAUGAAUAACCCCUCGCACGAGAGCAAGCUCACGGAGCCGAUGGAGCCGCAACAGGACAAUCGAUCGGCCAAAAGCUUGUACGAGAGACGCGAGACCCGCGGAGGCAGUCAGUACAACCCCAGCUUGGGCUUGGCCCAACUCGGCAACGCCGUCGACGGCCUGACGAGCUUCGCCAUGACGAGCUCCGAGCGUCCUACGGUCUAUCGUCACCAGAUCAACUUCAACGACGACUCGCCAUCGGGCACGAGUCAGGGCGGCUCGAAAAUCACUUCCUACCUGUUCCUGCCGCCGAAAGAGGAAAAGACGAGCGACGAUCCUGCGACUAAGGCAGCCUCGAGCCGACAGCUCGCCGCGACGUCCGACAGGAGGCCUCUGCCCUCGCAAAAGUCCAUCUCGACGGUCUACGGCAAUUCGCAGUCGGGCCUGCUCGACUACGACUCCAAGCUCUACCCGGGCUCCAACUACAGGACGUCGGCGCUGGCUGGUGGCUAUGGCCAACGAGGCUCCGGCUCCGGAGUCAUCUACGACCCCCGUUUUGGCCUGCUCAACAGUAACCAAGCUGGCUACAACGGCGCCUCGUCCAGUGGAAAUUCCUACUUGCCGUCUUCCUACUCUUACAGCUACCAAACCAAUGGCUUGAGUAAUUCUUUGCUCGGCAACUACGGCAAUCGACCCAACGAUUACUCAAACGGCUACUCGAACGGCUACCCCAACGACUACUCCAAUGGCUAUGGUAAUAGCUACAGUGGUGGCAACUACAACCACAACAACAACAACAACUACGGCAGCAGCUACGGUGGAGGCUACGGUAGCAGUAACUUGGACAAUCCCGAGUCGUCGAUCCCAAGCGGUAACGUAGGCCAGGAAUACGUUGGGACAAACUACAACGGAGGCUUCAACGGAGUCUACAACGGAGUCUACAACGGAGCCUACAACGGGGUCUACAACGGCCAACAGCAGCUGAUCGGCAGCGAGCAGUGCUGCAGAGUAGCCCAGGGUCGGCGCAUAUCGAUCGUCAGCCCGGGCUUCGGGGCAGGCUCGAACGGCAUGUACGGCGGCCACAGCUGCCGCUACUUCAUCCCCAAGGCCGGCCAGGACGUGUGCCGGCUCCGCUUGAGCUUCCGCUACUUCAACUUUGGCGCCGACACCGAUCCCUUCUGCCAGUCGGGCUACGUGGAGAUCGACGGGCGACGCUACUGCGGCUGCAGGACCGGCCAGAGCUUCCUGCUGCCCUUCAACGAGUUCACCGGCAAGAGCAUCUCGCUCGUCCAAUCGAGCCACCAGUCCAGGAGUAAAUACUCGGGCUUCCUCAUCGACGUCUCGCAGGAGCCCUGCGGCUACGCUCAGCAGCAGCAGCAGCAACCCGGAUAUCCGGGCUACGAGCAAGCUUACCCCUCUAUCUACCCUCAGGGCAACGACUACCUGCAGAAGCGCUCGGAUCGAAAUGCCACCGUCCAACUGGACGCGCCGAGCGAGUCCAAGUCGAGGAGCCGACGCAGCUUCUUCGGCUACGAGUACAAAAAGCCGAGCGUCGCCUUCAACUUGCCCGCGGGCUUGGCCAGGAUGCAGAAGCGAUUCUUCGAGGGCACCUGUCAGAGCCGCGUCUUCAUAGACUGGGCCGCCGCUUCCAGGGAGGCUGUGCUCAAACGGCUCACUUGUGCCCCCAAUUACGGCUACAACAACUACAAUAACAACUGGUCCGCAUAUGGCAAUUCCGGGGCUUAUCUCUCGCCCGAUAGCAGAAAAGCUACCGUCGGCGAAGAGAUCGAAGCGGCCCAGACGGAACAGCCGGAACAGCCUUGCCAGCCCGAUGGCCACGAUCAAUGUAAGCGGUGAACACACUUGGACUUGUAGCACUUGCCAUAAGUUUAGUUAGAUAAUUAUAUGUUUUUGAAUCGUUGUUGAAUCUCGUCCAUAUGUAUUAUUUAUCCAUUUGCAUGUGUAUAUCUCUAGCACCUAGACUUGUAUUCUCUAAGCCAUUGUUAUUUUUAAUAAUAA